UCGGUGGGUCGGAGUGGCCUGAGGCCCAUGUGGAGCCAUAGCCGACGCCGUCCAACUGCCGCUGCUGAGCCAAGAUCUCGGGGCCCUUCGCCGCGAUGAAGGGUAGCCGGAUUGAGCUGGGUGAUGUGACGCCACACAACAUUAAGCAGCUGAAACGCUUAAACCAAGUCAUCUUUCCCGUCAGCUACAAUGACAAGUUCUACAAGGAUGUGUUAGAGGUUGGCGAACUCGCCAAGCUGGCCUAUUUCAAUGAUAUUGCAGUGGGUGCAGUGUGCUGUAGAGUAGAUCAUUCUCAGAAUCAGAAAAGACUGUACAUCAUGACGCUUGGAUGUCUGGCCCCUUACCGAAGGUUGGGAAUAGGAACAAAAAUGUUGAAUCAUGUGUUAAACAUCUGUGAAAAAGAUGGAACUUUUGACAAUAUCUAUCUGCAUGUCCAGAUUAGCAAUGAGUCAGCAAUUGACUUUUACAGAAAGUUUGGGUUUGAAAUCAUUGAGACAAAGAAGAACUACUACAAGAGGAUAGAACCAGCAGAUGCUCAUGUGCUGCAGAAAAAUCUGAAAGUCCCUUACCUUGGCCAGAACACAGAUGUGCAAAAGUCUGACAACUGAACAAAACCCAAUGAACGCUUUCUUGCACUUUCUUGUCACCAAAUAAGGAAAGAGAGGCCUGGUCUGUGUGUUUUGCUUUCUCCCUUAUCCUAAUAUGUGUUGUAUCCUUUCCAACAAAUUAAUAACUUCCCAAGAAUUGUCAAAUUGUGUGUUUGCAUUUUGCAGCUCUACUUUGCAUUAUUUGGGAUGGAAAUAGUAUGCCGUUCUAGUUGAGAGACCUUCGGUCGGUCUUCCAAAGGUUGGCUUUUCUUCAGUAUGUGUGAUCCCUCUGCAUUCCCAUUGAAGGGCAAAGUUCAAGCAAUAUCUCCUAACACCAUACUCCUUUAAAAAAAACACAACUUUCGAAGGCAAUUGCUCUCCAGCUUUGAACUUAAUUUAGCAGUGUUUUGGCCAUGUUUACCUUUUGAACAUGUACACACAUCAGUCUAGUAGCUUGUUCACAGCCCUUGAGCUGCCAUUUCUGCAUUGAGACAGAGUGGCUGACAUGAAAAUGCAUCUUGCUGAGCAAUCAACAUUGUCAGUUUUGUGGCCAGUGGAUGCUGUGUAACUUGACUGCAGUGUAGUUCAGGAUUCUGAGUGGGCCUGUACCAUCUUCCACUCCUCUAUUCAUUAUUGGUAUUGCACUGGCAACAGAACACCCAUUUCUCUGGCAACAAUGGAGGAACCAGAGAUUUAAGAUGGUUAAGGAAGAUCAGUUUGUGAGUUAUUUUUUUAUCGGAGAAAGAAAGAAAGGAGAAGAGAAGAAGCUUUGCUUUGAAAGUGAUUCUGCUGAAUUGGACUCUGUUUGCUUGCUGAGAUUAUACUCAAAACAGCUUUUUUCCUACCCGACUAAAGACUUGGUACACCUCUGAAAAGGAGUGAUGUGGAACACCGCAUGGCAGUGGUUUAUUGUGGGGAGUAUUGUAAGGAUUCAAAAAACAACUGGCUUUCUCCUAAUAUUGUAAUGUAAGAACUGUAGCCUUCUUUACUGAUCUCUUUGUUUGUAUUUUGUUAUGCUUUUAUUUGCAAUUGCAUUUUGAGCUUCUAGCAUUCAGCACAACAAUUUCAGCUUACAACUCUUCUCCUCAUAUGGAGAAAUGUACUUGGGAAGGGGGAAACCUGUCCUAUAAACUAAAUCAAUAUUAAAUUGUAUUUCUUUCCUGUUUUGAACUUAAGUUGUAUUUUGCGCUUUUCUGCUUAAAAAAAUUUGUAGGGGGUGUGGUUACAGUGUAAUCUUGCUAGAAAAUGUUGUAACUUCACUGUUAUGCUGAAUUGAAAACAGGGGAUGAAGACUGGGAAAGCUCAAGUAAUUAACAUUAUUAUGCAGCCUUUAAUUGCAGCGGAAUUGGGAAAUACUAGAACUUCCACCAUUUAUUAUGAGGCUAGCAGAAUACCUGUCAGGUGUGCCUGACACCUACUUAUUCAUUAUGUAGCUUUCUGCAUAACUGCAUGUUAAUUCUUUUGACCAGAACCAACAUUAAGCUUGUCCUUCAGAAGCCUUGUGUUGGAAAGAUUCUUGUGCUGCUUCUCUGGUCAUAGUUUGCAAAGUUUAAUAUUGUAGUUCCUGAGAAUUUGUCUUCCUCUUACAGAGAUGUUGAAGCACAUCUAAAGCUCAAGUGCCAACACUGCUUCCCUGAUUAGAUAAGGCAAAAAGUUUGAAGGAGAAGGUAUUACACUGGCGAAUGUAUGUACAGCUCAAGUCAACAUCUGGCCAUAGCUGCCUUCUGGUGCUAAGGGAAAUGUGUGCCCUCUUUUUUUGGAACUGAAUGGGUAGAUAUUUGGAAUGGUGUCUCUUGAACUACAAAUCGGUUGUUUUACAGGCAGCUUUCCUUUUUUGGUUUCAAGAAAAUCCAAAUUGUUUGUUUCAAUUUUUUAAAAUCACUGUCAUUCUGUGAAUGUAUUUCUCAACAUUUCUUGGGGUUUCCAUUGUGCAGUAAAACUCCCUUAGUAACUAUUUUCUAUAGGAGAUGGAAGGAAAAGAAAUUGGAAAUCAAAGCUCCACUUUGCAUGACUUAUCAGUCAUGCCAGUUAGUUGUUGUUCCUUGAUCAAAAAGAACACAGAAUUUAAGCCCUAGCUCCUUCAGCAGUUUGGCUGUGUUUUCCUGCUUGGUGUGCUGCAAAACUUGCCAAUUUUGGAAAAUAAUGUUUUGUCUUUUGAAAUAGUGAAGCAGGUGGCUGCCUAAAAUGGAUGUUUUUACAAUUUUUGUGUGGCAUUGUCAUAUGUUCCCAACUUCUUGCAGUUCAGCAUAUGUACACUAUGCUAAUUAGUUGGGAAGUUCAGUUAAAUGACUAUUGGCACUCCUUGCAGAUGUACAUACAAGGUGCAUGUACGUGACAUAAUUUACAUAGGCUAUAUAGCGGGAUAACAGUAGAGGCCCAGCACAAUAGGUUUUCUCAUCAGAUUCCAAAACUAUAAAAUUGCUGAAUUUCAUAAAAAAAAAGUUUCAGUAUUUAGGUAGCCAUGAUAUGCAACAAGAAGGAAAGUUGAACCCAGGUCACAUCCUUUACAUGGCAGCGAAGUGGAAUAUUUUUGUAUACACGAAGUAGCUGGGAUUACUUGAUUCAGUUAAUGGUUAAAUAUGUCCAUUAAAGAUGACAUACUGUUUCAGCUGAAAUAAAUUCUAGUUACGUUUUCAUUAACAUUU